AUGACCAGGUUUCUAUUCCUGACAUGCCCCUCUCCUUGGCAUCUUGGCUUCGCGGCUAUGCUGAGCCCGUAUUGGGUGACAGAGGGCCAUGCUCACAAGUCAAAUCAGGCUGUGGUUUCCGAGACCCUGAUUCGCGUGAAAAGGCGAUUUGCAACGCCACAAAUAUCCUCCUGCAGGCGCCUGACCGAAACAAAAGGCCGUCUUAUUUUCAGCCGCUCUUCCCUCCCAUCUCAAGAUCUAAAAUCCCUCAUUUGUAACAUUACUGUUGUUGAAUGGAAUAAAUCUUUGAUCCUACUCCUCGCCCCCCUUCCUCAGCAUGCUUAUACGAAACAGGCGGAAGCUGCUGAUCCCCCAGUCCCCUCCAUCGAACGGGAAGGGAUCACAGUCCUAUAUGGCGACGAGAACAGCGAGGUUGACAUCGUCAUUCUGCAUGGUCUGAAUGGCCACCCACAGAGCACUUGGACCCAUGACAGCAAGUUUUUCUGGCCAUGGGAGCUCAAAAACAAGGUCAAGAAUGCUCGUGUUAUGGUCUUUGGGUACAAUGCCGACGUGACUUCGUCUUUUGCCGAUAACUUGAUCCGCAUCAGGGAUAUUGGCAGGAUGCUGUUGAGUGAUUUGGUUGUGGAAAGACAAGAAGAUGAGGAACGGGAAAGACCCAUAAUCUUUAUGGGCCACAGUCUUGGUGGCCUGGUCAUCAAGCAGGCUAUCCUUCUUGCUUCCAAAGAGCUCCACAAUCAAGAGAGCGACAAACGCCUCAUCUAUACCUCCACCAGGGGGUUGUUCUUCUUCGGAACUCCACACCUUGGUAGUAGAGCAGGAGAGGCCACUCGAGUGGCAGUCCUGAAAGCCAUCGCGAAAGUAGCCUUUGUCAAGGUGCCGCCUAAGCUCGAUUCGGCGCUAAAGUCGCAUUCCGAUGAGCUCAACGACUUGACCGACGACUUCAGGCGAACCGCUCUCUGGCUAGACCAGAAGCUCAUCAUCUACAGCUACUACGAAUCUUUCGGAGAUGGAGCUCUUGGCGAUAUUGUCGUUGACCCAGCGUCUGCACUUACCGGAUAUGACAAGGAGAACUCCCAACCGGUUCAAAGAAAUCGCCAGGAAAUGGUCAAGUUUUCCAGCAAGGACGAUAGAGUCUUCAAAAAUGUUUGCGGAAGCAUCAAGGCUGUGAUGAGGGCAGCAUCAUCAAAUGUUCCAGGGAGUGCGAAGGUGCCCAGUUACCCAGAGUUCUCCAUGGAGACGGUCAAGACCUUUGUUCCUCGGAAAGGUCUCCUCAACGAGGCAGGCUGGGGCUCGGAAGGUUGGUAUUUGGGGAUUGGGGGGGCAGGCAAGUCACAGCUGGCCCGAUCCUAUUUGCAAGAGUACGGCAACAAGUAUGAUGCCACUUUCUGGAUCCAUGCCAUCAGCCCUGCAGCCCUCGAGCGAAGUUUUCAAGACAUUUACAGCACGCUGCCCAACCCCGUCCCGCUACCUCCAGAUUCCCCCCCUGGGAAAGUUCGAGCUGCAGUGCUGAGGUGGUUCUUUCAAAACUCUGGCAAUUGGCUUCUUUUGUUUGACGAAGCCGACGGCUUGAGCGAAAGGGACGACAAUUUCAUCCGAAUAUCCAACUACAUCCCCAGAGGCAAAAAUGUUCACGUCAUAAUUACCAGCCGAAGUUCCAUGGCCAGAGACCUUUCCACGUAUGAUGGCAUCGAAAUCCGGACUCUUAAGCCCCCAGAAGCCGUGAAGCUUUUCCUAGCUUGUGCCAAGAUCGAGGGAGCAACUGGAAAGAUAAGGAAGCAGGCAGAGCUCAUAGCCGAAGAAUUAGGCCAUCUGCCCCUGGCCCUUACCAUCGCUGGUUCUUAUGUGGCCCGGACACCAAGGCUCGCCUCAGACUUAUCUGGGUAUCUCAAGGAGCACCGAGAACGCAAAGAACUCCUACGACAAGAGCCUCAGCAGUUGAUCGACAUUUGCCGGACGCAUGCCGCAUCUUCAGUCUGCUCAGCUUUUUUUGGCAACGAAGCCAUCUACCUUGAUGUUUUGACUUGGGCAUGGCCUCAGAGAGAAGACACCCACAGCAGUUGGUGCGAAGACCUUGAAUUGAAGGUCGGAAGCGUAAAUGACCUCGAGGAAUGUUUCUCAAUCCUGGAAAAAUACCCCAUGCUCCAACGGGACGCGACCACAGGAGCGUACUCGAUGCACAGUUUGGUCCAUGCCUGGGCUUUCAGCAGGAUCGGGGUCAAAGAACCCGAAACUUUCAGCACGUACGCCAAUUCGACCUGCAAAAUUCUCUUCAAGUCAACUGCGAGGAUGUUGAAACUUCUGAAAGAGGAAGACACUGGGAGCAACCGCCAGGUAGCUCUACAGCUCGUGCCCCAUCUUAGGAACACAUUACAGGUCCUCAAGAAGUUCUUAACCGACUCGACCGGUGAUGAUUUCAAGACCGAUUUGUUCAGGGUUCAGCUGCUCCUCGGCGAGUUAUUGUGCAGGCGCGAGUAUUUAUUUGUCCAAGAAAUACGUCUCAAAAAGUCAGAAGCUAGUCUUGGCUACCAACACCCCCACACCAUCGAAAAUGCGGCGACGUACGGAAGGGAUGUUGCAAUUCUGAUGGGUAAUGCAGAUGAAGGUAUCAAGAUUAUACAUGAGGCUGCAGAGAGAGCAAAGAAACUCGGAGACGAACAUCCUACGGUAGCCAUAGUGAAUGCCAAACUGGACAACGUCGUCGAGCAUCACUCCAUGGAGACCGUUCUCGAAGAGGGAGUGCUAGAAAUCCUGUCAAAGUGGCGAGACUGUCUGUCUAAGAUGCAGCCGCUCCAACACACACUCGCCAAUCAACAAUCCAUCAAUAAUAACAGAGUCAAAAAGGCGAAAAUCCUGGUUCAGGAAGCGAGAGAUGGUCCGCGACGUUUCCUGCCCCUUCGAGUACAGUAUCUUGAGACUGUUCUCCAGAUGCGUGCGGCGCUGGAGCGGCAUAUUCGCCUGGUAUAUUCCAUAGUCCAAAGGGUAGAGGAAAUCUUGGCGGAUGAGGAUCUCAGGUGGUAUCAAGAGCACAGGACACUGUCGAGUGAAAGACUAAGUGCUCUCAGCCUGAAAGGUACUCUUAGGGGAAUCGGCUUGGCGUGGGAAGGAUUGUCCGUGGAUCUCGACAAGAUGGUGGUUCUGAGCAACGAACAGAGAGGAAUAUUGAUGGAAAUUAUGGUCUUAUCUAAGAAGAUCAAUGACCAGGUAGAAGGAAGGUCGCUGUGGGAUGAUCUCAAGGAGGCUGUCAGCGCCCUGGUUGGUUGA